AUGCCUGACAAGCGCAUCCAGCAACAGCAGACUGCAGAUGCUCGUUCGGGCGUCCAUGAUGCCGCAGCCCACGCUCGGUGUCUUUUCAACCAGGAGUACCCCAAUGGCAGCGAAGACUACUGGCUCCAAUCCCCGGGCACUGGUCUCAAUGCAAUCAUCACCGCCAUGAGCCACAAUGCACAGUUCAAACACUAUCAGCAACCGGACGUGGACGCCCUCAAACAGGUUGCAAGCACAGUCAUCAGCCCGAGAGGAGCGGACCAUAACGUUACCAAUAUUGAGACAUCUGCUGUCGCCGCUGACGGUGAAGAUUACAAGCCUGCCGACCUAGCACACAUAUUCUACCUGUGGAAUGCUCCAGAAGGUUUCGAUCUGCGCCUGGGGAUCUUCGUCGAAGACGACAAUCGCCCACGAAUCUACCUGGAGCCAGAAGGAGAUCGUUUGUCCCGCUAUCAUUCCGGAAACAUGAUUUGGAUAUUCCAGCAUAGGACCCAGCCGACCCAUAACGGGAUUUCAUUGGUGAAGAGAGAGCGAUCUCAGGGCUAUGCAGCCAUCAUGUCUUGCACCAUCGGCGUUGGCUUACACGGUCCAUCACGUCGGCCGGCGGCAGAUGGUGGUGGUGACGGUCCACGAGAUGACGAUGGUGGUCCAUGUGCUGACAGCAACAAGCGCACUGAGUCUGCACGCCCUGAACCCACAGGCAAGAAGAACAAUAAAGGUCGUCGACACCCGGCAACGCGUCCAUCAUCACAGCUACAGGCCAUGCACAAGAUUCUACACGGCUCCAUCAAUCAACAUAAGCGUGGCAUCUCCGAGCAGAAGCCGUUUCCGAUGCUCCAUCAAAUCAUCGGCACUGAUCGAGUCAUCAAAUCCACUGCGAGAAUGAAGAAGACGAUGACCAUGGUCGCAGACAAGCAGCAGCUCUUCCUGAAGAAGUCCUGCGGUUUCAUCCUUGUCUGGUGA